UUGCUCUGAAAAAAACAAAGCACACCCUUUUCCUUUCUUGCAAAAAUUCUUGCUUUUGCUCUUUAUUGUUUUCUUUUUUUCUGGGUCUUCCUCGAAAAGUCCUCUCUUUGCAGAUGCUGACGAUUCCCUCCUGAGUCUCCAAAGUCGCGUCCUCCUCUGUCUGAAUGCUCUGUUGUUGUAAAGACGUCUCUCGCACGGUCUCGCCCGCAAGUCCUCGACGUCAUCCAUUCAAAGUCGCAAUUUUUUUAGCACGGAUGGAUCCUCCUCCUCUACUCGUUCAUACCCUUUUUCUUAAUUAGCAAGACAAUCCACUCCCGAGUAUUUUUUAUUCGUUCCUAAUCCCCUCUCUCUGGCCUCUGAAAUUCAGCUCCAUUGUUCUUGGGAUCUCUUGUUGGGUAAGUCUCUCUUGCACGACCAGCUCCAUUUGCACAACCAUGGAUGACAUGAAAGAUAAAGUCAAGGGGUUCAUGAAGAAAGUCAACAACCCCUUCUCCGCCUCCUCCUCUACUGGCAAAUUCAAGGGUCAAGGCAGAGUUUUGGGUUCGUCUUCGUCUGGUCCCGCCAAUCCGAUCCCUGCACGCCCUUCUCAAUCUAUCCGUAGUCACCCAAUUCCAGCACCAGCUCAAAUCAGUAAUCCUAGACCUUCUCAGCCCCCUAAAACCGCAGUUUCGGAUCAGAACAAGCUCGAAAUCGCGCGUAAUGUGGAGCCGGAUCGGAAACCGGCUAACGGGUUCGAUCCGUUUGAUUCUCUUAUCACUACUGGAAAGAGAUCUCAGAAUGGGUAUUCGUUGAAUAUAGUUGAGUGCCCCAUUUGCAAUAGAUCUUUCCGGUCUGAAGAGGAAGUUUCCCAACAUGUGGAUAGUUGUGUUGCUGAAAAUCAGGUUGAGUAUGAUAAUGUCGGUGCAUCGGGGUUGCCAAGUGAUGAAGCGGACGGAAGGAGUGAAUUGGAGUCCUGUGUUGGCACUUUUGUGUCGGCGAAGCCACCAGAGAGUUCAGUUGAUGUCGUGCUUAAGUUGUUUAGGAAUAUAGCUAAGGAACCAGAAAAUACAAAGUUUAGGAGGAUAAGAAUGAGCAAUCCUAAGAUUAGGGAAGCUAUUGGAGAUGUUGCAGGAGGGGUUGAGUUGUUGGAAUUUGUUGGGUUCGAGUUAAAAGAAGAGGGCGGGGAGAUGUGGGCCGUGAUGGAUCAACCUGGCGAGGAGCAGAUACGAAUGAUUAAUAAGGCUGCGGUUUUACUGGAACCAAAGAAGUUUGAAGAAACUAAAAACGUUGAUGAUGCCCCUGCUGUGGUCCCUUCCGUAGUAGACAAACCAAUGGAAAAGGAGAAGAUCGAUAGGCAGAUUCGGGUGUUCUUUUCCGUGCCUGAAAGUAUAGCAGCGAGAAUUGAGCUACCGGAUUCUUUUUAUAAUCUUUCAAUGGAUGAGGUGAGACGAGAAACAGAAAUGAGGAAGAAGAAGAUGGCAGAGUCUCAGCUUUUGAUCCCCAAGUCAUACAGGGAAAAGCAGCUGAAGGCCGGAAGGAAGAGGUACACCAGAACCGUCAUCCGUUUUCAGUUUCCGGAUGGAGUGGUUCUUCAAGGUGUCUUUGCUCCUUGGGAGCUAACAGGUUCUUUGUAUGAGUUUGUAAGCUCAUCGCUCAAGGAUCCCUGUCUGGAGUUCGAGCUGAUGCAUCCCGUGGUCAUCAAACGGCGUGUGAUCCCACAUUCGCCCGAACCUGGCCAAAGAGCGAUGACUCUCCAUGACGAGGAUUUGGUCCCUUCGGCUCUCAUCAAGUUCAGACCAAUUGAAACCGAUUCCGUGGUCUUCACCGGACUCCGGAACGAACUCCUCGAAAUCAGCGAACCCCUUCAAUAGUCCUGACUCCCAAGCCCGAAAACUUCUACCUCGACCAUUUGCAGCUGCCCGUCUCGCCGUUCCAGAUCCUCUGGCUCUUGGAGACGUCAGAAGAUUGUAUGCACCUCUAUUCACGUGUUUCUGUAUGCGCUUUGUUACAGACAUUGUUGUACAUGACUCUUGAUGGAUGAGAGCGUCAUAAUCGUGUACAGACCCAGAAUCAUACCUCAACUCAACAUCGUGUAUUACAAAGAAAUCAAUAUUUGUCCGAGAGCCAAUGCUAUAACUUCCCAUGGCUCUACUGUAUACUCCAAAACUCGAUUUAACUUGAUUUUGGUUCUCAGUAUAUACUUCAGGAUCGAACAUUCGAUAAUUCUGCACAUAUUAAGACUUGUCUACUAAA